AGGGAGGAAGAGGGGAGAGGUGGGGCGGUGCAAAGGUGAGGCUGUGCUCAGCCCUGACGCUCAGCACAACCGAUAACCAGCACUUUCAUUACGUGCACGCCCCAGGGCCACGUCCCUGCCGCUGUCCUGGUCCUGAAGCCUGUUCUGCCCCAGCCCCCUGCCCGCUGGGCCCAUGCAGCUGUUGGGGCUCCUCGGCCUCCUCUGGAUGAUCAAGGCCUCCCCGUGGGCCACAGGAACUUUAUUCACGGCCACAUCCAUCUCUCAAGUGCCUUUCCCCAGGGCAGAAGCAGCCAGCGCUGUGCUCAGCAAUUCUCCACACUCCAGAGACCUGGCUGGGUGGCCACUUGGUGUCCCCCAGCUCGCCUCUCCUGCUCCUGGCCACAGGGAAAAUGCACCUAUGACACUCACUACCUCCCCCCAUGACACACUCAUCUCUGAAACAUUGCUCAACUCUCCAGUCAGUUCCAACACCUCAACCACCCCGACGUCCAAGUUUGCCUUCAAGGUUGAAACCACUCCACCCACCGUGUUGGUCUAUUCGGCCACCACUGAGUGCGUGUAUCCAACGAGCUUUAUAAUCACCAUCUCCCACCCCACCUCCAUCUGUGUGACCACGACGCAAGUGGCCUUCACCAGCUCUUACACCUCGACUCCCGUGACACAGAAGCCAGUGACCACCGUCACCAGCACUUACCCUAUGACCACUACUGAGAAAGGAACGUCAGCCAUGACAUCUUCUCCCUCUACCACCACUGCAAGGGAAACUCCCAUAGUGACAGUGACACCCUCCUCUGUGUCAGCCACAGACACAACCUUCCACACUACAAUCUCGUCUACAACUAGAACCACAGAAAGGACUCCCCUGCCCACUGGAAGCAUCCAUACAACCACGUCCCCAACCCCAGUAUUUACUACUCUCAAAACAGCAGUGACUUCCACUUCCCCCAUCACUUCUUCAAUCACUUCCACAAAUACAGUGACUUCUAUGACAACGACCGCCUCCCAGCCCACAGCCACUAAUACAUUGUCAUCACCCACUAGGACCAUUUUAUCUUCCACACUUGUCCUGAGCACAGAAACAAUCACCAGUGGUAUCACAAACACCACCCCCCUAUCCACCUUGGUGACCACACUCCCCACUACCAUCAGCAGGUCUAUACCUACAUCUGAGACCACCUACCCUACUUCUCCCACCAGCACUGUCACAGACUCCACUACCAAAAUCGCCUACUCCACAAGUAUGACAGGUACAUUGUCCACAGAGACUUCUCUCCCACCCACCUCUUCCUCUCUCCCAACCACAGAAACAGCCACGACUCCUAUGACAAACUUGGUAACCACCACCACUGAGAUCUCCUCCCACAGUACUCCCAGCUUCUCUUCAUCAACCAUCUACUCCACAGUCAGCACAUCCACAACUGCCAUCUCCUCACUUCCCCCUACCUCAGGUACUAUAGUGACUUCCACAACCAUGACCCCAUCUUCUCUGAGUACAGACAUCCCUUUCACAACACCAACAACUAUCACCCACCAUUCUGUGGGCUCUACCGGUUUCCUGACUACAGCAACAGACCUCACAUCAACAUUCACGGUUUCCAGUUCCUCAGCAAUGUCCACGAGUGUCAUUCCAUCUUCCCCCAGCAUUCAGAAUACAGAAACCUCAUCCCUUGUCAGCAUGACCUCUGCCACUACUCCCAGUGUGAGACCAACUUCUGUAAGUACACUCAGCACUCCUACAAGUUCCCUCCUGACGACCUUCCCAGCAACAUUUUCAUUUUCAUCUUCCAUGUCUGCCAGCAGUGCUGGGACCACUCACACAGAGAGUAUCUCCUCACCUCCAGCCGGCACCAGUACACUCCACACAACAGCUGAAUCCACCCUGGCACCCACUACCACCACCUCAUUCACAACUUCCACAACUAUGGAACCACCUUCAACCACUGCAGCAACUACAGGAACAGGUCAGACCACCUUCACCAGCUCUACAGCCACAUUUCCUGAGACCACCACACCGACUCCUACAACUGACAUGUCCACAGAAUCUCUCACAACAGCCAUGACUUCUCCUCCCAUCACUUCAUCAGUCACUUCCACAAAUACAGUGACUUCUAUGACAACUACGACCUCUCCUCCCACAACCACCAAUUCUUUUACAUCACUGACCAGUAUGACUCUGUCUUCUACACCUGUCCCAAGCACAGAAGUAGUCACCAGUGGCACCAUAAACACAAUCCCUCCAUCUAUCUUGGUGACCACACUCCCCACUCCAAAUGCUUCAUCUAUGACUACAUCUGAGACCACCUAUCCUAAUUCUCCGACUGGUCCUGGUACAAACUCCACGAUGGAAAUCACCUAUCCCACCGCUGUGACAGAGACAUCAUCCACUGCUACCUCUCUUCCACCCACCUCUCCCUUGGUCUCAACUGCAAAAACAGCCAAAACUCCUACCACAAACUUGGUAACCACCACCACCAAGACCACCUCACAUAGUACCACCAGCUUCACUUCUUCAACCGUCUACUCCACAGCCAGCACAUACACAACUGCCAUCACCUCAGUUCCCACUACCUUGGGUACCAUGGUAACUUCUACAUCCAUGAUCCCAUCUACUGUGAGUACAGGUAUCCCUACCUCACAACCAACAACCAUCACUCCCUCAUCCGUGGGCAUCAGUGGUUCAUUACCUAUGAUGACAGACCUCACCUCAGUGUACACAGUCUCCAGCAUGUCUGCAAGGCCAACAACUGUCAUUCCCUCAUCUCCCACUGUCCAGAAUACAGAAACCUCAAUCUCUGUUAGCAUGACGUCUGCUACCACUCCCAGUGGAGGACCAACUUUCACAAGUACUGAGAACACUCCAACAAGGUCCCUCCUGACAAGCUUUCCAAUGACACAUUCAUUCUCUUCUUCUAUGUCUGAAAGUAGUGCUGGGACCACUCACACAGAGAGUAUCUCCUCACCUCGAGGCACCACCAGUACACUCCACACAACAGUUGAAUCCACCUCAUCACUCACUACCACCACCUCAUUCACCACAUCCACAGUGAUGGAACCACCUUCAUCCACUGUAUCAACUACAGGCAGAGGUCAGACCACCUUUCCCAGCUCUACAGCCACAUUCCCUGAGACCACUACACUGACUCCUACAACUGACAUUUCUACAGUAUCUCUCACAACAGCCAUGACUUCUCCUCCCUCCAUCAGUUCUUCAAUCACUCCCACAAAUACAAUGACUUCUAUGAGAACUACGACCUAUUGGCCCACAGCCACUAAUACAUUAUCACCACUCACCAGUAGCAUUUUAUCUUCUACACCUGUCCCAAGCACAGAAAUGAUCACCAGUCAUACCACAAACACCACCCCUCUAUCCACCUUGGUGACUACACUCCUCACUACCAUCACCAGAUCUACACCUACAUCUGAGACCACCUACCCUACUUCUCCCACCAGCACUGUCUCAGACUCCACGACCGAAAUCACCUAUUCCACAAGUAUAACAGGUACAUUGUCCACCGCCACUACUCUCCCACCCACCUCUUCCUCUCUCCCAACCACAGAAACAGCCACGAUGAUUCCUACCACAACCUUGAUAACCACCACCCCUAAUACCACCUCUCAUAGUACCCCCAGCUUCACUUCUUCAACCAUCUACUCCACAGUCAGCACAUCCACAACUGCCAUCUCCUCAGCUUCCCCUACCUCAGGUACCAUGGUAACUUCCACAACCAUGACCCCAUCUUCUCUGAGUACAGACAUCCCUUCCACAACACCAACAACUAUCACCUACCCUUCUGUGGGCUCUACCGGUUUCCUGACUACAGCAACAGACCUCACAUCAACAUUCACUGUUUCCAGUUCCUCAGCAAUGUCCACAAGUGUCAUUCCAUCUUCCCCCAGCAUCCAGAAUACAGAAACCUCAUCCCUUGUCAGCAUGACCUCUGCCACCACUCCCAGUUUGAGACCAACUAUCACAAGUACUGACAGCACUCCAACAAGUUCCCUCCUGACGACCUUCCCAAGUACAUAUUCAUUUUCAUCUUCCAUGUCUGCCAGCAGUGCAGGGACCACUCACACAGAGACUAUUUCCUCACUUCCAGCCAGCACCAAUACAAUCCACACAACAGCUGAAUCCACCCUGGCACCCACUACCACCACCUCAUUCACCACAUCCACAACGAUGGAACCACCUUCAACCACUGUAGCGACUACAGGCACAGGUCAGACCACCUUCCCCAGCUCUACAGCCACAUUCCUUGAGACCACCACACUGACUCCUACAACUGACUUUUCUACAGAAUCUCUCACAACAGCCAUGACUUCUACUCCCCCCAUCACUUCUUCAAUCACUCCCACCAAUACAAUGACUUCUAUGAGAACUACGACCUCUUGGCCCACAGCCACUAAUACGUUAUCACCACUCACCAGUAGCAUUUUAUCUUCUACACCUGUCCCAAGCACAGAGGUGACCACCAGUCAUACCACAAACACCAAUCCUGUAUCCACGUUGGUGACUACACUCCCCAUUACCAUCACCAGGUCUACACUUACAUCUGAGACCGCCUACCCUAGUUCUCCCACAAGCACUGUCACAGAGUCCACAACUGAAAUCACCUAUCCCACCACUAUGACAGAGACAUCAUCUACUGCCACCUCUCUUCCACCCACCUCUUCCUUGGUCUCAACCGCAGAAACAGCCAAAACUCCUACCACAAACUUGGUAACCACCACCACCAAGACCACCUCACAUAGUACCACCAGCUUCACUUCUUCAACCAUCUACUCCACAGCCAGCACACCCACCACUGCCAUCACCUCAGUUCCCACUACCUUGGGUACCAUGGUGACUUCUACAUCCAUGAUCCCAUCUACUGUGAGUACAGGUAUCCCUACCUCACAACCAACAACUAUUACUCCCUCAUCUGUGGUCAUCAGUGGUUCAUUACCUAUGAUGACAGACCUCACCUCAGUGUACACAGUCUCCAGCAUGUCUGCAAGGCCAACAAGUGUCAUUCCUUCAUCUCCCACUGUCCAGAAUACAGAAACCUCAAUCUUUGUUAGCAUGAUGUCUGCUACCACUCCCAGUGGAGGACCAACUUUCACAAGUACUGAGAACACUCCAGCAAGGUCCCUCCUGACAAGCUUUCCAGUGACACAUUCAUUUUCCUCUUCCAUGUCUGCCAGCAGUGUAGGGACCACUCACACCCACAGUAUCUCCUCACCCCCAGCCAUCACCAGUACACUCCACACAACAGCUGAAUCCAUCCCGUCACCUACAACCACCAUGUCAUUCACAACAUUUACAAAGAUGGAAACACCUUCAUACACUGUAGCAACUACAGGCACAGGUCAGACUACAUUCACCAGUUCAACAGCCACAUCCCCUAAGACCACCACACUGACUCCUACCCCUGACAUUUCCACAGGAUCUUUCAAAACAGCCAUGAGUUCUACUCCCCCCAUCACUUCUUCAAUCACCUCCACAUAUACGGUGACUUCGAUGACAACUACCACCCCUCUAGGGCCCACAGCCACUAAUACAUUACCAUCAUUUACCAGUAGCGUUUCAUCUUCUACGCCUGUCCCAAGUACAGAAGCGAUCACCAGUGGUACCACAAACACCACCCCUCUAUCUACCUUGGUGACCACAUUCUCCAAUUCCGGCACCAGUUCUACACCUACAUCUGAGACCACCUACCCUACUUCUCUUACUAGUGCUCUCACAGAUUCCACGACCAGAACCACCUAUUCCACCAAUAUGACAGGUACAUUGUCCACUGUGACCUCUCUUCGACCCACCUCUUCCUCUCUCCCCACCACAGUAACAGCCACAGUUCCAACAACAAACUUGGUAACCACGACCACCAAGAUCGCCUCACACAGUACUCCGAGCCUCACUUCUUCAAUCGCAACCACCGAGACCCCCUCACACAGUACUCCCAGAUUCACUUCUUCAAUCACCACUACCGAGACCCCCUCACACAGUACUCCCAGAUUCACUUCUUCAAUCACCAAUACCAAGACCACCUCACACAGUACUCCCAGCUUCACUUCUUCAAUCACGACCACUGAGACCCCCUCACACAGUACUCCCAGCUUCACUUCUUCAAUCACGACCACUGAGACCACUUCACACAGUACUCCCAGCUUCACUUCUUCAAUCACUACCAACGAGACCCCCUCACAGAGUACUCCCAGCUUCACUUCGUCAAUCACCACAACAGAGACCACCCCACACAGUACACCCAGCUACACUUCUUUGCUCACCACCACCGAGACCACCUCACACAGUACUCCCAGCUUCACUUCGUCGAUCACCACCAGCGAGACCACCUCACACAGCUCUCCCAGCUUCACUUCUUCAAUCACCACCACCGAGACCACAUCCCACAAUACUCCCAGCCUCACUUCUUCAAUCACCACCACCAAGACCACCUCACACAGUACUCCCAGCUACACUUCUUUGAUCACCACAACCACCACCACCUCACACAGUACUCCCAGCUUCACUUCUUCCAUCACCACCACUGAGACCACAUCCCACAAUACUCCCAGCUUGACUUCUUCGAUCACAACCACCAAGACCACAUCCCACAGUACUCCCAGCUUCACUUCUUUGAUCACCACCGAGACCACAUCCCACAGUACUCCCAGCUUCACUUCGUUGAUCACCAUCACCGAGACCACCUCACACAGUACUCUCAGCUACACUACCUCAAUCACCACCACCGAGACCCCCUCACACAGUACUCCCAGCUUCACUUCUUCAAUCACCACCAGUGAGAACCCCUCACAGAGUACUCCAAGCUUCACUUCUUCAAUCACCACCACUGAGACCACCUCACACAGUACUCCCAGCUUCACUUCCUCAAUCACCACCUCUGAGACGCCCUCACACAGUAGUCCCAGCUUCACUUCUUCGAUCACCACCACUGAGAACGCCACACACAGUACUCCCAGCUUCACUUCUUCAAUCACCACCACCGAGACCACAUCCCACAGUACUCCCAGCUUCACUUCUUUGAUCACCACCACGGAGACCACCUCACACAGUACUCCCAGCUUCACUUCUUUGAUAACCACCUCUGAGACCCCCUCACACAGUACUCCCAGCUUCACUUCUUCGAUCACCACCACCGAGACCCCCUCAAGCAGUACUCCCAGCUUCACUUCUUCGAUCACCACCACUGACUCGAUCGUCACCACCGAGACCACAUCCCACAGUACUCCCAGCUUCACUUCUUCAAUCAGCACCACUGAGACCACAUCCCACAGUACUCCCAGCUUUACUUCUUCGAUCACCAUCACUGAGACCACCUCACACAGUACUCCCAGCUACACUACCUCAAUCACCAGCACUGAGACCCCCUCACACAGUACUCCCAGCUACACUGCCUCAAUCACCACCACUGAGAUCCCAUCACACAGUACUCCCAGCUUCACUUCUUCAAUCACCACCACCAAGACCACAUCCCACAGUACUCCUAGCUUCACUUCUUCAAUCAGGACCACUGAGACCACCUCUCAUAGUACUCCCAGCUUCACUUCUUCAAUCAUCGCCACCGAAACCACCUCACACAGUACUCCCAGCUACACUUCUUUGAUCCCCACAACCGAGAGCACUUCACACAGUACUCCCAGCUUCACUGCUUCGAUCACCACCACCGAGACCACCUCACACAAUACUCCCAGCUUCACUUCUUCGAUCACCACCACCGAGACCACAUCCCACAGUACUCCCAGCUUCACUUCUUUGAUCACCACCACAGAGACCACCUCACACAGUACUCCCAGCUUCAUUUCUUUGAUAACCACCUCUGAGACCCCCUCACACAGUACUCCCAGCUUCACUUCUUCGAUCACCACCACCGACUCGAUCGUCACCACUGAGACCACAUCCCACAGUACUCCCAGCUUCACUUCUUCGAUCACCAUCACUGAGACCACCUCACACAGUACUCUCAGCUACACUACCUCAAUCACCAGCACCAAGACCCCCUCACACAGUACUCCCAGCUACACUACCUCAAUCACCACCACUGAGAUCCCAUCACACAGUACUCCCAGCUUCACUUCUUCAAUCACCACCACCGAGACCACAUCCCACAGUACUCCCAGCUUCACUUCUUCAAUCAGGACCACUGAGACCACCUCUCAUAGUACUCCCAGCUUCACUUCUUCAAUCAGGACCACUGAGACCACCUCUCAUAGUACCCCCAGCUUCACUUCUUCAAUCAUCGCCACCGAAACCACCUCACACAGUACUCCCAGCUUCACUUCUUUGAUAACCACCUCUGAGACCCCCUCACACAGUACUCCCAGCUUCACUUCUUUGAUCACCAUCACCGAGACCCCCUCAAGCAGUAUUCCCAGCUUCACUUCUUCGAUCACCACCACCGAGUCGAUCGUCACCACCAAGACCACAUCCCACAGUACUCCCAGCUUCACUUCUUUGAUCACCACCACGGAGACCACCUCACACAGUACUCCCAGCUUCACUUCUUUGAUAACCACCUCUGAGACCCUGUCACACAGUACUCCCAGCUUCACCUCUUCGAUUACCACCACCGAGACCCCCUCAAGCAGUACUCCCAGCUUCACUUCUUUGAUCACCACCACCGAGACCACAUCCCACAGUACUCCCAGCUUCACUUCUUUGAUCACCAUCACCGAGACCACCUCACACAGUACUCCCAGCUACACUACCUCAAUCACCACCACCGAGACCCCCUCACACAGUACUCCCAGCUACACUACCUCAAUCACCACCACUGAGACCCCAUCACACAGUACUCCCAGCUUCACUUCUUCAAUCACCACCAUGGAGACCACCUCACACAGUACUCUCAGCUUCACUUCUUUGAUCACCACCACCGAGACCACCUCACACAGUGCUCCCAGCUUCACUUCUUCGGUCACCACCACCGAGACCACCUCACACAAUAGUCCCAGCUUCACUUCUUCGAUCACCACCACCGAGAGCAACUCUCACAGUACUCCCAGCUUCACUUCUUUGAUCACCACCACUGAGACCACCUCACACAGUACUCCCAGCUUCAGUUCUUCGAUCACCACCACUGAGACCCCCUUACACAGUACUCCUGGCCUCACUUCGUGGGUCACCACCACCGAGACCACCUCACACAUUACUCCUGGCCUCACUUCUUCAGUCACCACCACUGAGACUACCUCACACAGUACUCCCGGCUUCACUUCUUCAAUCACCACCACUGAGACCACCUCACAGAGUACUCCCAGCCUCAGUUCUUCAACCAUCUACUCCACAGUCAGCACAUCCACAACUGCCAUCACCUCACAUUUUACUACCUCAGAGACUGCGGUGACUCCCACACCUGUAACCUCAUCUUCUCUGAGUACAGACAUCCCGACCACAAGCCUACGAACUCUCACCCCUUCGUCUGUGGGCACCAGCACUUCAUUGACUACAACCACAGACUUUCCCUCUAUACCCACUGAUAUCAGUACCUUACCAACUCGAACACACAUCAUUUCAUCUUCUCCCUCCAUCCAAAGUACAGAAACCUCAUCCCUUGUGGUCACCACCUCUCCCACCAUGUCCACUGUGAGAAUGACCCUCAGAAUUACUGAGAACACCCCAAUCAGUUCCUUUAGCACAAGUAUUGUUGUUACACCUGAAACCCCAACACAGACCCCUCCUGUACUGACAUCAGCCACUGGGACCCAAAUAUCUCCUGCACCUACUACUGUCACCUUUGGAAGUACGGAUUCCUCCACGUCCACUCUUCGUACUCUUACUCCAUCAACAGCCUUGAGCACGAUCGUGUCAACAUCACAGGUUCCUAUUCCUAGCACACAUUCCUCCACCCUUCAAACAACUCCUUCAAUCCCCUCUUUGCAAACUUCACUCACAUCUACAAGUGAGUUCACUACAGAAUCUUUCACUAGGGGAAGUACGUCUACAAAUGCAAUCUUGACUUCUUUUAGUACCAUCAUCUGGUCCUCAACACCGACUAUUAUCAUGUCCUCUUCUCCGUCUUCUGCCAGCAUAACUCCAGUGUUCGCUACUACCAUUCAUUCUGUUCCUUCUUCACCAUACAUUUUCAGUACAGAAAAUGUGGGCUCCACUUCUAUCACAGCGUUUCCUAGUCUCUCUUCCUCUGCAACUACCAGCACUUCUCCAACCAGCUCCUCUCUGACCACAGCUCUCACUGAAAUAACCCCCUUUUCUUAUAUUUCCCUUCCCUCCACCACACCCUGUCCAGGAACUAUAACAAUUACCAUAGUCCCUGCCUCUCCCACUGAUCCAUGUGUUGAAAUGGAUCCCAGCACUGAAGCUACUUCUCCUCCCACCACCCCAUUAACAGUCUUUCCCUUUACUACCGAAAUGGUCACCUGUCCUACCUCCAUCAGUAUCCAAACUACUCUUACUACAUAUAUGGACACUUCUUCCAUGACGCCAGAAAGUGAGUCCAGCAUCACACCCAAUGCUUCCAGUUCCACUGGCACUGGGACUGUACCCACAAACACAGUUUUCACAAGUACUCGACUGCCCACCAGUGAGACCUGGCUGAGCAACAGCUCUGUGAUCCCCCCACCUCUUCCUGGCGUCUCUACCAUCCCGCUCACCAUGAAACCAAGCAGUAGCCUCCCGACCAUCCUGAGGACUUCAAGCAAGUCAACACACCCCUCCCCACCCACCACUAGAACUUCAGAGACACCAGUGGCCACUACCCAGACUCCUACCACCCUUACAUCACGCAGGACAACUCGCAUCACUUCUCAGAUGACCACACAGUCCACGUUGACCACCACUGCAGGCACCUGUGACAAUGGUGGCACCUGGAAACAGGGCCAGUGUGCUUGCCUUCCAGGGUUUUCUGGGGACCGCUGUCAGCUCCAGACCAGAUGCCAGAACGGGGGUCAGUGGGAUGGCCUCAAAUGCCAGUGCCCCAGCACCUUCUAUGGUUCCAGUUGUGAGUUUGCUGUGGAACAGGUGGAUCUAGAUGUAGUGGAGACCGAGGUGGGCAUGGAAGUGUCUGUGGAUCAGCAGUUCUCGCCAGACCUCAAUGACAACACUUCCCAGGCCUACAGGGAUUUCAACAAGACCUUCUGGAAUCAGAUGCAGAAGAUUUUUGCAGACAUGCAGGGCUUCACCUUCAAGGGUGUGGAGAUCCUGUCCCUGAGGAAUGGCAGCAUCGUGGUGGACUACCUGGUCCUGCUGGAGAUGCCCUUCAGCCCCCAGCUGGAGAGCCAGUACGAGCAGGUGAAGACCACGCUGAAGGAGGGGCUGCAGAACGCCAGCCAGGAUGCGAACAGCUGCCAGGACUCCCAGACCCUGUGUUUUAAGCCUGACUCCGUCAAGGUGAACAACAACAGCAAGACAGAGCUGACCCCGGAAGCCAUCUGCCGCCGCGCCGCUCCCACGGGCUAUGAAGAGUUCUACUUCCCCUUGGUGGAGGCCACCCGGCUCCGCUGUGUCACCAAAUGCACGUCGGGCGUGGACAACGCCAUCGACUGUCACCAGGGCCAGUGCGUUCUGGAGACGAGCGGUCCCGCGUGCCGCUGCUACUCCACCGACACGCACUGGUUCUCUGGCCCGCGUUGCGAGGUGGCCGUCCACUGGAGGGCGCUGGUCGGGGGCCUGACGGCCGGCGCCGCGCUGCUGGUGCUGCUGCUGCUGGCGCUGGGCGUCCGGGCGGUGCGCUCCGGAUGGUGGUGCGGCCAGCGCCGAGGCCGGUCCUGGGACCAGGACAGGAAAUGGUUCGAGACCUGGGAUGAGGAAGUCGUGGGCACUUUUUCAAACUGGGGUUUCGAGGACGAAGGAACAGACAAGGAUACAAAUUUCUAUGUGGCCUUGGAGAACGUGGACACCACUAUGAAGGUGCAUAUCAAGAGACCCGAGAUGACCUCCUCCUCAGUGUGAGCCCUGCGGGGCCCCUUCACCACCCCCUCCGCCCUGCCCCGGACACAAGGGUCUGCACUGCGUCCAUUUCAAGAGGUGGCCCCAGGACGCGGGCAGCCCAGGCUCCUGCUGUUCUUGGGCAAGCUGAAACUGUUCCCCCAAAUCCCAUCCUUCUCCUUCCAACUUGGCUGAAACCCACCUGGAGACGCAGUUCACGUCCAGGCUCUUCCACUGUGGAAUCUUGGGCAAGUCAGUAACGAGCCUCAGUUUCCUCACCUGCAAAACGGGUACAGCAUUCCUGUAUGAUAUCUCACGCCGUUGUUGUGUAAACCACAUAGACUUGGUCAAUUCUCGAUCCUACUCUGCCCUCCCGUCUCAGCCCUCGUGUUGCCAUUGCCUCUCUCGGAUCCUCCAAUCCUCACGUCCUUCACCUGGUCUCUGGCCCUGGUUCCUAUUUUCUCUCAAUUCCCUACUGCCUGUUUCUUACUUUGAACCUGGAGGCAGCCUGCAGCCCCAUCCCAUCUCCUGCCCUCUCCUGAUCUAACUCCCUGCUGCAUCUCUUGCUCUCAUUCCUUAGACGUCCUCCCCUUUUGACCCCGUUCCUUCAUCCAUCCUGCCCCCCAGUCCCCCAGCCCUAAAUCCUCCCUCCUCUCCUCACAUCCUGGUCCCUAGCAAGGUAUAGAUAGCCUCUGUGUCUUAGGAUACCCCAGAUGCUGUUCCCCCGGUCACCCUGUUGCCCAGUUCCCCGUUUCUCUUGCUCUCAUUCCUUGUAUCCUUUCCCCUUUUGAGCCCGUCCAUUCAUCGGUUCUGCCCCCGACUCCCCCUGACCUAAAUACCCCAGCUGCUGUUCCCCCCGUCACCCUGCUGCCCAAUUCUUUAUUCUCCACCCCUUUCUCUCACCCCUGGAGCCCUGUGGGUGGGGGCAGGGCAUGAGUUCCCCAGUCCCCAAGGAAAGGCAGCCCGCUCAGUCUCCCUCCUCCUCAUUUCCUUCGAUCCCCCUCCCUUCUUGCCUCACCACUGCCUUUUAAACCCAUCCCCUCUGAUUCCCCUCCUCCCCCUUCUCUUCCUGGUGUCACCUGGAUUCCUGCGGUAACUCUGAGCCCUUGAAAUCCUCAGUCUCCUUGGCGGGGAAGAUUGGCUUUGGGGACAGGAAGUCGGCACAUCUCCAGGUCUUCAUGUGCACAAUAUAGAGUUUAUUGUAAAAAGCA